CUUCCGUCUUGUAAAGGACAAUUUUUCCAUAAUGUUGUCUUCAAAAUUCGCUUCAUUUGCAAGGCUGUCCUCAGUGGCAAGCCACCAAACUGCAGCCAUGGCAGCAACUCGUUCGAAGCAUACACUUCCAGAUCUGCCAUAUGAUUACAAUGCCCUGGAGCCUGUCAUAUCUGCUGAGAUCAUGCAGAUUCAUCAUGCUAAACAUCACCAGACGUACGUCAAUAACCUGAACAUCACUGAAGAGAAGAUUGCUGAGGCACAAGCUAAAGGUGAUAUUUCGGCUGUUAUCAGUCUGCAGCCAGCUUUGAAGUUCAACGCUGGUGGCGACAUUAACCACAACAUCUUCUGGCAGAACUUGUCUCCCAGUGGUGGUGGUGAACCUACAGGUGACCUGUUGGAAGCUAUAAAGCGAGAUUUCAGUUCUUUUGAAAAGAUGAAGACGACUAUGUCAGCUACAACAGUUGCUGUCCAAGGCUCUGGUUGGGGCUGGUUGGGUUAUAAUAAAAAUACUGACAGACUACAGGUCGCAGCUACAGCAAACCAGGAUCCUUUACUAGCAACAACAGGUCUAGUUCCCUUAUUUGGUAUUGAUACGUGGGAACAUGCAUACUACCUCCAGUACAAGAACAUGCGACCAGAUUAUGUCAAUGCCAUCUGGAAUAUCGUCAACUGGAAAGAUGUGUCCUCACGGUUCAGCAACGCAAAACUUGACUGAACGGAUGCAAACGAAAAAAAAUUGAAGAAAGUUGCAAGAUUAAGGAUGACUAUGUGCUUUUCAUAUUUGUAACUUCUUAUCUUAUAUUAUGUGAAUAGAAUGAAACGAAAAUGUUUCUGGUAUGAAGGGUGAACGUGAAUCAUGGAAAAGCGUGACUCAAACAAGAACAUUUUUUUUCUUUCGUGUUGCCCCCCGACUGUAUUUUAGGCCCUGUCUAUCAUGUUGUUGGCUAUGCCUCGUGGCCGAGGGAAUCAAAAUGGAAACCGGGCGCAUGCCAUCCUGAGAUACAGGUUUUUGAUAAUCCUACAUCGUUUGAAAGAUGUGGAGUAUAUUUAGAACCACUGAUCACGUCAGGAUGUGUUUCCCUGAGCUUAACCUUCAACAAGUUGAUGUAGUUUUAAUUUGUAUACGAUGUAUAAAAAGCCUCAUUAUAACAUUGUAAUAAUACUUUGUGUUUUUGCUAGUAAAUAAAAGUUUCAUUUUCAGUAUUGUCCAAAGAA